AUGGGACUCUCUGAAAAGGAGAUUGACCAGUUUCUCCGAGAACAGCGGUUAGAAGAUCUCCACAGAAAAAUCCAGGCGCACGAGCUCGAAGAUGUAGAUCCAGACAUCCGGCCGCCGUCACCGCCACCUGUGUACGACAAGGGCGGCAACCGCCUGAACACGCGGGAUGUCCGAAUCAGGAAAGGCAUGACAGCCGAGUACAACAGACUGAUUCGGUACAUGAUCAAACAUGUGGACGGCUACCUGCCGCCUGUUGAUUGGAAACCUGCGAAGUUGAUGAAGAAGAUCAUCAUCCCCAUCGAGAGAAGUUUCCUCAGGCCAGUUGGCUUGUUGCUUCCUGCCCUCAUGCUGGGCCGAAGGGAUACCUUAGCGAGAGCUGAGCUCAACGUUGCGGCCCCUUUCAUGGGCGUCAUUAUCGGACCUCGUGGUGUCAACCACAAGAGGCUACAGGACACGACCGGCUGCAAGAUCUUCAUCCGUGGCCGAGAUAUCGGCGACAAGUGGCAAACAGAUGAAGAGGCAGCAAUGCCGCAGCAUGUACACAUUGAGGGUGAGACGGAGAAGAAUCAUGUGACCAUGUGUCACGCAUGUCUUAGCUUACUUACACUUGCAAUUGCUUUGCUGGCAAUGCCAUGCCGUGUGGGUGUGGUGGGAGCCGGCCCACUCGUCGGCCGUGCACACUGUCUUCUUCUCAAGCGCUUGGCUGAAGACGAUGAUGUAGAGCUGGCCUGCAUCUGCCAGCGGCGCGCAGAUGAUACGGCCCUGGCCGAGCAGCUGCAAGUGCCACUUUACAUUGACGCGAAGGAGAUGGCGCGCCAGGAGGCGCUUGACGGAGUCGUCAUCGCCGCGCCCACUCACCUCCACUUGGCGCUAACGCAGGCCUGCAUCGAAGGAGCAAAGCUUCGCAGGGAAGAAGGCCGAGGUGGCACCUUGAAAGCACUACUGAUCGAGAAGCCCAUUUGCCACGACCUUCAGAGCGCAGCAGAGCUUCUCAGUGUCACAGACUCGGCGGGCGUGGUGGUCCUUGUCGGCCACCAGCGCCGCCACUCACGGCUUGUGAAGCUAGCGCGUCAGGUGGUUACGGAUCAGGACUUCGGGCCUCUUCGUGGUGUGAACAUGGAGUUCUCAUUGCUAAAACCCGAUUCCUACUUCUGCAAAGACGACCCGGCGCUGGAGUGGCGAAGACGGAAGGGUGUCGGCGGCCCGAUCCUGAUCAACACGAUCCACGACCUGGACCUGAUGCGUUUUAUCACUGGCCAUGAAAUCACCAGGGUCUUUGCCAUGACCAGCAGUGCAGCACGUGGCGAAGAGGUCGAAGACUCCGGCGGCAUUACCGUGACCUUCGACCAUGGCGCUGUAGGCACGCUCUUCUUUACGGAUGCUGCCCCAGCUCCCUGGAGCUAUGAGUUUACCACGGCGGAGAACAAGAAAUACCCGCCGGUGGCGGGCAAUGAUAUGCGGGACUGCUAUCACUUCAUGGGAGCACAGCGUUCUAUGGGCUUUCCGAGCCUUUACAACUUCAGCUAUCGUGGAGCAGCCGAGCGUGGCUGGGAUGCUCCGCUGACGGUGGAGCAGCCGGUGGUCCAAAUGGAGGAUCCGCUCCUUCUGCAGAUGAACCAUUUCGUCCGAGUUUGUCGAGGAGACGAGAUUCCCGUGUGCAGUGGUCGUGAUGCCGUGGAAAGCUUAGCCGUGGUACUCGCGGUGCAGCGGUCGGCAGAAUGCGGACGUGCUGUGGCUCCCAGUGAGUUGCUUGCGGAGGUGAACAAGGAUGCCGUCAGCGCCUGUCGCUUGGACAGCUCGCUGUUGCCCAUCUCCAAGGAGCCUGCAGCAUGCUCUGCAGAGACUACGACGGCCAGGGCUGGCCGAAAGCUGCUGGAAACCGUGACAGAGUCCGACUUUGCUUCGCCACAGUCUGCCUGA